AUUGGUCCGUCUCUUCGCGAGAGGCGGGGCUUGUUUAUAUAAUACUAUCACAGAGGAAGUAGCUCGAAUGAACGUUGGACCAUACUGAUGUCAAUAAUAUUAAGCAUUUUGAAUUCCUACUUACCAACAGCAAGAGAAAAGCACGGUAAGUGCAGAGGGACACGAUGGCAACAGAGGGGGAGCCCACGGACUUGGUCAAAGUGAUUCACCUUAUGGUGCUAUCUUUCUCCUGGGGCAUGCAGGUCUGGGUCACCUUCAUAGCAGGUUUUGCAUUGGUUCGGCAGGUAACUCGACACACCUUUGGCCUGGUGCAGAGUAAACUCUUUCCUCUAUACUUCUACUGUCUGAUGGGUAGCAGUGUUGUCAGCCUGGCUGUAUAUGCUGUGUACCACCCCAGAGAGCUGCUCGACUGGCACGAAAGCGUGCAGAUGGGUCUGUACUUCUCUGCGCUGAUCAUGGCAAGUCUGAACGCCCAGUGGUUUGGCCCAUCAGCCACUGAAUUGAUGUUUCAGAUGAGGGAGGUGGAGAAGGAGCAUGGCCUGGGGGACCAGAUUGGCCUGGGUAGCCAGAAGGAAGCUUAUGCUAAGCUCAAAGAGCAGGACCCCAAGUACAAAGCCUACAGGAGCACAUUUGGCCGCUACCACGGCUUGUCCAGUCUCUGCAACCUGAUAGGGUUCAUGUGCACUACAAUUAAUUUGAUCUACACAGCUAUGAAUUUAUCUACGAUUUAGAGAAGAGCAGGCUUCAGUUUUCAGUCUUUAUAUUAUUUCACUGUUGAUUUCUGCUGUCAUCACAGCAUUUUGUAUAAUAUGGAAAAAUAAUGUGUGAGUCAACAAGGUUGGUCUGUAUGGACUUGGUGUUAAAUAUACCCACAAAUUAAAAAAAAUCACACAGUGUAAAUGUACUUAUAUAAAAUAUUGUAUUGUUUUUAAACUGUGCCAGCUGUACCAAGUGUUCUUAUAAAGGGGGAUGCCUUAGUUGCCCUUAAUUGUCCAUUGGUGUUCACUUUUGUCAGGUAGUUAAGCACUUUUCAGUCUGUUAAUCAGUAGUUAAUUAAUACUAUCUCAAAUAAUAGGAUGAAUUUUUGCUUCUAUAUAUAUUUUAAUAUUUUAUUAUGUAGCUCAUUACAAUACCCCCUCUUAAGAAUUUAUUUUAAAAACACAGUAAAAUGUAAUCAACAAGUAUUAUGUGCUGUGUAGACAAUUUGCUUGCAUCCCCAACAGGGGGUGCUGUUUGGAAUCAAAGCAAAGGUAAACUUUGCAGCAACAAGCACAGAUACCGCAUUUCAUGUGGAAAGUCAUGUGUUUCCAGAUAUUUUAAUGGAAAUUUAUAUUUAAUUUUCGCUAAACUGUUGAAUUAAUACUUUCAGUGUGAAAUUAAAGAGUGUGCUGCUAAUAUU